AUGGCGGGGCGGCCGGGGCCCUCGAGGUCUGAGCCCGCGGCGGCAGCGGACCAGGCUGGGAAGGCCGAAGGGCAGGCCAAGUCCUCACAGAAAAUUGAAAACUUGAUGGAUAUGGUGAAGAAGUUGCAGAAAGAGGGAAGCCUAGAGCCCAGGGUUGAGGUCCUGAUUAACCGGAUUAAUGAUGUCCAACAAGCAAAAAAGAAAGCCAGCGAGGAGCUGGGAGAGGCCCGGACUGUCUGGGAGACUCUGCAGAAGGAACUGGACUCACUGAGCGGAGAGAAAGUGCGCCUGAAAGAGAUCUUGAGUAAAAAGCAAGAGACGCUGAGGAUCCUCCGGCUCCAUUGCCAGGAAAAGGAGAGUGAGGCUCAGAGGAAGCAGACCCUGCUAGAAGAGUGCAAGGAGCGAAUCUGUGCCCUCAACUUCCAGAUUGAGGAGGAGAAGAGCAAACAGAGGCAGCUGAGAUUGGAUUUCGAGGAACAGCUGGAAGAACUGAUGAGCCAGCACAAGGACCUCUGGGAAUUCCACCGACCGGAGCAGCUGGCCCAGGAGAUUGGCGCCCUGGACAGUAGCAAAGAGCAAUUGCUCAAGGAAGAGAAGCUGGUGGAAGCAAAGCUGGAGGAUGUGAAGAAUCGCCUGUGCUCCCAGUUCGGUACCAAGGGCUGCUCUGCCAUCACUGAGGGGCUCUUCCUUCGCAGCAAGGAGGCAGCAGCUGCAGUGCAUCUGUUUGAGGAGGAGACCAGAAAGGCCCAGGAGCUCCUGGAGGACACUGCCCAGCGCCAUGAGCAGCUGCAGGAGGAGUGCCAGCAGCUGCAGCAGAGGAGGCAGAGGCUGAAGGAGGAACUGGAAAAGCUCGGUGUGCAGGUCACUGCUCAGGCCCAGAGCAAACAAGAGGAUGGGACCAGCCCAGAAGCAGCUGCUCCCACGCCCAGCUAG